UGUGAAUGAAGCAACAUCUUUUCUGGAUUUUAAAAGACAUCACUUCAUCAUGGGACAGCAAAUUUCAGAACAAACGCAACUGGUUAUUAACAAGUUACCAGAAAAAGUAGCAAAACAUGUCAUAUUGGUUCGAGAAAGUGGCUCCUUAACUUAUGAAGAAUUUCUUGGCAGAGUAGCUGAACUUAAUGAUGUAACUGCUAAAGUAGCUGCUGGCCAGGAAAAACAUCUUCUCUUUGAAGUACAACCUGGGUCUGAUUCCUCUGCCUUGUGGAAAGUGGUAGUACGCGUGGUGUGUACCAAGAUAAACAAAAGCAGUGGAAUUGUGGAAGCAUCACGGAUCAUGAACUUGUACCAGUUCAUCCAGCUUUAUAAAGACAUCACAAGUCAAGCAGCAGGUGUUUUGGCACAGAGCUCCACCUCUGAAAACCCUGAUGAAAACUCAGCAUCGGUGACAUCUUGUCAGGCUAGUCUUUGGAUGGGAAGGGUGAAGCAGCUAACUGAUGAGGAAGAGUGCUGUAUCUGUAUGGAUGGUCGAGCCGACCUCAUCCUGCCUUGUGCUCACAGCUUUUGUCAGAAGUGCAUUGAUAAAUGGAGUGAUCGGCACAGGAAUUGCCCUAUCUGUCGCCUACAGAUGACUGGUGCGAAUGAAUCUUGGGUGGUGUCAGAUGCACCCACUGAAGAUGAUAUGGCUAACUAUAUUCUUAACAUGGCUGACGAGGCAGGUCAACCCCAUCGGCCAUGACUUUUGGGUGAAGGUCAUCUGUUGCUACUGUGGGCUGUAAACACUUUGGUCAUGGGCGAAGAAUGCAGGAAUGUUGUAGCGUGGACACAAGAAAACUAUUUUUCCCACCUUCUUAUUUUUGCUAUUCUGAUAAUUUGUUCCAUUUCUUUUGAUAAAUUUUCCAUGUCUUCCA